UUAGAGGCUUUGUAGGUUGCGCGCGCAGCGGCAAGUACAAGUGUGAUUGGCUGUUCGUCGACUAGAUACGAAGAGAUUUGUAUCCGUUUGUGCAUUUGGUAGAAUAUAUUUAUAUUUGAAGUUAUUCACCAGCCACGGAGUAUUUUCUGGUGAUCAUCAUUCUCAAGAACAAUCCUUUCCGUUAGCCUUUUUCCCGGCAUCUCCCGACUUUCUACGCAUCCUUAACUAUCUGCGGUUAAUUCAAAUAACCGCUUAAUAGCCAAGAAGGCUAUUACACAAUAAUAUAAUAUAUAAAUUAUGGCUUCAUAUCGUAUACAUAAUAUAAGAUUUUACAGUCCGGAACCGAAAUCCGUGACUUGUUUAUGUCACGAACCGAAAACCAAAAAGCUAGCUCUCGCCAGAAACGAUAACUCCAUAGAAAUAUGGAAUGUCGAGAAUGCACCGUUUGUCGAGUAUACUAUAGCCGCUCACGCCGAGAACUCAGUGGAAAGCAUACUCUGGAUCGGUCCGAGACUGUUCUCGACUGGUUUACAAGGUGCAGUAAUAGAAUAUGACUUAAUGACACUGGGAAUCAAAUAUGAAGUUAUGGUGAUAGGAGGCGCAGCUUGGUGUAUGGAUGUGAAUCAUGAGAAAACUCGCUUGGCUGUUGGUACGGAGGACGGAUAUAUCAAUACUUUUACCGUAUAUAAGGAUAAAUUGAUUUAUGAGAGAAUAUUUGAUAAGCAAAAAGGAAGAAUUUUGUGCAUUAAAUGGGACAAUACUGGCGAGAUGAUUUAUACAGGUUCCACAGAUACUGUCAGAGUAUGGAAUGCCAUAUCUGGACAUGCAAUACAUAAAAUGACGACAUUUAAAAGUAACAUCAGGAAAAAUACAAUAGUUUGGUGCCUUGCUGUCACUGACGACAACAUAAUAAUCUCUGGUGACUCUCAUGGCUUUUUAUGCUUCUGGGAUCCUCAUGUAGGAGUACUGAUAGAAUCGCAUGAAAGUCAUACAGCUGAUAUAUUAGCUAUCACCUUGUCGCACGAUAUGAAUGUUGUAUAUUGUGCAGGUGUGGAUCCAGUAGUAAGGAGUUUUUGCAAAGUUACCCUAAAAUCAAGUGGAAAAUUUCAAUGGGUAAAGGGAAUCGAGAGGAGGUUACAUAUGCAUGAUGUCAGAGCACUUCUAGAAGCCAAUGGAAAACUCUAUUCAGCUGGAGUAGAUGGGUACCUUGCUGUGUCAAGUUAUCCACCAAAAAAUCUUGUAAAAUAUCCUCCAUUACAAUCAUUCUAUGCUACAAUUUGUCGAAAAUCUAGAUGUAUUCUGUUACGUUACACAAAUUAUUUGGAGUUAUGGCGACUUGGUUCAGUCACUAAAGACCCCCCAGAAUUAGUGCGCUCGUCAAUGCUGCAUCAGUUGGAUGAAGAACCUACAAAACUAUUACAAUUACAAACAAAGGGUAAUGAAAGCAUAAUCUCCUGUGCCAUUAAUAAGGAUUCCAAAACGAUUGUGUACUCGACAGACACUCAUGUCAGAGUUUUCAACUUUGAUGUGGUCGAAGGAGACGCCCAAUUGUCUAGAAACGACACCGAUUUAUCCAUGAAUCGAAUACAAAAGAUGCUGUUCAGUCCGAACGGCAAAUUAUUCAUCGCUAUUAACAAUGACGGCAAUGAAAAUACUGUGACGCUGUUUAGGGUGGAGAAGAAGAGUUUGAGAUUAAUCGGUUCGUUUUACACGACAAAGGAGUCCAUUAUAAACGUCAGUCUCGUAUGCUUCUCUCCAGACAAUAAAUAUCUUAUAUGUACGGAUCGGAAAUGCGGAAUCGCUGUGUAUUUCAUCGGCAACGGUGUAACAGCGGAAUCAUUGAAAUCAUGGCGAUUACCUAAAUACAGUUGCCCAGCGACGGCCAUUGCUGUGCAAAAAGGCACGCUCAAUCUGGUCAUAGUAUAUUCCGAUCAUAAGAUUGUCGAAUACAAUAUUCCUGCAAGACAAUAUACAAUGUUUUCCAAUAGUUUGCAAAGUUGUAUACCAAAACAAUGGUUGGCACGUCCAUUCCCGAUAACAAAUAUUAUAUUUGAUCGACACAACGAGAAUAUUAUAAUCAUGCAGGAUGAUUCAAGCGUAUAUGUUAUCAAUAAAAACAGUGAGUUGCCAGAAAAAGAAGCAAAGAUACCAAAGCGUGAAAAUGGAGAAAGUACAGAAGAUAGCAAUUCAAUUUCUAGCUCACAUUUUCAGCACGCAUUCCAAGUUGCCAAAAAAUAUAAGCAUCUUGUCUAUUUAAAUUGGUUAAAUGACGAAGAGUUGAUUGCGGUUGAGGUGAAUCCAACUUCAUUGUUAGAGAAAUUACCACCUACACUAAAGCAAAAAUUCUUUGGCAUGUAAAUAUUAUGGGCUAUCGAGAAGUAAAUGAGAUUACCGAGAGGUAUUUUUUAUUAAUAUUGAUAAAUGAAUAAAUUUCUUAUUAUAUUUCUAUAUUAUGAUUAAAGUUUGCUCUAUUUCAA